AAUCUGACACCUGACUAUGUCCCAUUGCGUUCGCUGCUUUGAUGGCCCUCGAAAGACUCUGAUCAAGACGAAAGAGCAGCCCGGUUUCCCCGGUCUAUUCACUGAUUUGAAUGAACAUGAAGUUCAAGCCUUGGGACUUGCAGCGCUCGGAACUGCAACUGUAUACCAGGGCUCAUGUCCAGAGUCCUGGCUUCGCUCGCGGGUUGCCAAGAUUGUCUGUGCAAACCCAUGGCUUGCCGGACAUCUUUGUUCCAACCCAAGCACUGGAAAGAUUGCACUAUUUGUUUGUGAGGAGAUCGACUAUCAAGGUUUCUUAGACGUUAAAGCUGUUGCCAACCAGUUGCAUGAUGUCUUGGGAAGGCAGACAGCCAGUGCCUGGGUGAAAUCUGGACCGGACUCGGCGAACAGACAUGAACCAAUCUGUAAGAUCAUGGCACUUACUGCCACUGGCCACUGGGGUUUGCUGAUAUCAAUGUCACACGCAGUGGCUGAUGGUCAUACGUUUUACACCAUCCACAACAUGUUGGACAAGGAUGCUGAAGUGUGGGCUAUGGAGCGAAAAAGAGUGCGUUUCAAUCCUUUGAGAUGCUUGACAGAUGCGCCUUUGCAUGGGAAGUGGUUGUUUUGGAUCCUGCAGCAACACAUUGUGAACCCAAUGAAGAACUGCAUUUCAAAGCGCGCUGUUGGAAAUAGGAGUGCCCUUGUGUUCCGGGUGCGCUACGUAAGAGAUGAGUGGCUCCAAGAGGAAAAGAGAGCCUUCACUGCGUGUCCUGGUGCCCCCUUUGUGUCAUCUCAGGACCUACUGGCAUCAUGGUUCUUCCAAGCUGCGAAGCCUGCCUGUGGUGCCAUCGUCUACAACAUGCGAGACCGCACGGAAGGCCUUGCAGCCAGACAUGCAGGAUCGUAUACUACACUUUUGAUGUUCUAUCCUGAGGAAUACAAGUCAGCAGCGAACAUCCGCCGUGCCAUUUCCUCCAAGUCGCCAGCAUGCACACUGGAAGGGCUACGGCAGCGCCCUGGAUGGGGUGGAAGAUGUGGUUUGGUAACUUCUUUUCACAACCUGUGUCGGGCUGUGAGACUAGACGGCUGCAAUCAAUUGACGCACCUUCCAUCUGGCGCAGACACUUCAGAGGCCGACAUUCUCCCCCCAAUUGCUGCCAUAUUCAGACCCCUUCCGAAGAAACUUGCGAUGUGGACUAUAACGGAGGAAGAGCUGCCUUCUGGGCCUUUGGGCGACACAGUUUUUGGUGCCAAUGAAGCAAACUUGAUCAGAUGAGUAUCUGGAAUUGCCAGGAUGAAACCUGGAGCAUUUCCCUUAGGAAGACAGUUGCUGGGAAAGUCGCCUGAAAA